AUGUUCAAGCCCACCAAGGAAACAGUAGCUAAAGCCAUUAAAUCUGAGAAGAAGAAGAAGAAGAAGAGAGCUGUAGAGAGUUGCAAGAGGUUUAUAUUCAAGGUGUUGAAGCAGGUGCAUCCCUCCAAGGGAAUAUCCAGUGCUGCCAUGGAUAUUAUGGAAAGCUGCAUGAUUGAUAUCUUUGAGAAGAUAACUUGUGAGGCUGCUUCACUUCUGAAAUAUAACAAGAUUAUGACACUUUCCUCCAGACAAGUUGAGACUGCUGUCAAGUUUGUUCUGCCUGGAGAGUUGGCUAAGCAUGCUGUUUUAGAAGGAAGUAAGGCUGUUACCAAGUUUUCUACUUAUCUGGAUUAG